ACACGAGACAAGUGAAAAUAAGAGAGAGAGAGAGAGAGAGAGAGAGAGAGAGCAGCCUUAUAAAUGAAACUGAGGCCUUCUCUCCACAUACAUUUCCACUCCUGAGCUCAAGCCAGAGCCAUCUCUCUCUCGCUGUAGCAUCUAGCUACAGUAUCUGUGCUCCAAAAUGGCACCCAACUUUUCAUAUCAAAGUUCUGGGAACAUUCACAGAGCCGAGGAAGAAGAUGGCGCAGUACAAGAGAGAAUUAAGGUCAACACUACAUACCUCAACGCAUUCUCACUCUUCCUCUUCGUUCUUCUUCUCUCCUUCAUCUUCUACCGUUUCUCUACCUUAUCUGUCCACAAAGGACUAAACCAUGUCAUUUGGACCCUCGCACUUGCCUGUGAGACUUGCUUUGCUUGUCUGUGGAUUUUAUCAAUGAACAUAAGGUGGAGGAUGGUCGAGUAUCGAACGUACCCCAACAGGCUCUUGAAAAGGUUGAAGUCAGAAUCAGAACUACCAGCAGUGGACAUGUUCGUGACGACGGCCGACGCUCUGAAGGAGCCUCCAAUCCUCACAGUAAACACAGUCCUAUCUCUCCUUGCGGUGGACUACCCUUUGAACAAGCUUGCGUGCUAUGUCUCCGACGAAGGAGCUUCGCCCCUCACUUUUUAUGCUCUUACAGAGGCCGCGGAGUACGUGAGACUAUGGGUACCGUUUUGCAAGAAGCAUGGUGUGGGUGUCAGAGCCCCCUUCAUAUAUUUCUCAGAGACAUCUCAUAACUGCGACAGUUUCACCUCAGAAUUUCUAACAGAAUGGAAGAAAAUGAAGAGUGAAUACGAUGAACUUAGCAGAAGAAUCAACGAGGCAGUUACCAGCAAGUCGGUGCCAUAUCCAAAUAUGAAUGAGGAAUUUGCUGCUUUCUCUCGGAUUGAAGGCGGAGACCAUCCGAGCAUCAUAAAGGUGAUUGUAGAGAAUAGGGAAAGAAGCAGUGGUGGAUUAGCACAUGUAAUUUAUGUGUCAAGGGAGAAGCGUCCAAAGCAUCCACAUCACUACAAGGCAGGCGCCAUGAAUGUUUUGACACGAGUGUCGGCAGUGAUGACAAAUGCCCCUAUCAUCAUGAACGUGGACUGCGACAUGUUUGUGAACAACCCCACUUGUUUUUAUGAAGCAAUGUGCCUUCUAUUGGGGUUCAAAAGUGAGAGAGAGUCCGCCUUUGUUCAAUUUCCCCAAGUGUUCUAUGGAGGCCUCAAGGAUGACCCGUUUGGAAACCAACUGAAAGUCCUCUUCAGUGUUGUAAUGGCUGGUGUUUCAGGGAUAAAAGGGCCUCCUUAUUCAGGAACAGGAUGCUUUCAUAGAAGAAAAGCCAUCUACGGUUUUCCACCAGACGAUUCAAAAGGAAAAUGUUUGGAGUUCUUCGAUGGCAUACAACCCCAUGUAUAUCUUGACUGCAAUUUGAAGUAUGGUCUGCCGUUUUCAGGAUCAAAUGAAGCCAAUAUGGAGGAAUUGAUAAAUAGAUUUGGGUACUGUGAGGAGCUCUUAAGGUCAAUAUUAGGUAUUCAUUUGGACAAGGCUGGGGACACUCUUAGCUUUGAGAGGAAGGUAGAGGUUGCACACAUUGUGGCUGGUUGCAAAUAUGAGAACAAUACCUACUGGGGACACCAGGUAGGAUGGGUUUAUGUAUCUUGUACAGAAGACUUGAUCCUAUCUCUAAAACUUUUUGCCGCGGGAUGGAGGUCAGUAUAUUGCACACCAAAACCACCAGCCUUUCUUGGGUGUGCACCCUGUAGUGGUCCUGAGACCCUACUUCAGCAAAGAAGGUGGGCAGCAGGCCUCUUGGAGGUGGUUGUGGGAAGGCAUAGCCCACUCUUGUCCGCCAUAACAAAGAUGCUUAAGAUAAGGCAAUGCUUGGCUUUUCUUAACUUAUGGGCCUUGCGUCCCAUCCCUGAGAUUUGCUACUCCAUUCUUCCUGCUAUUUCACUUCUUACUAACGCCCACUUCUUGCCCAAGUUUCAUGAGCCAAUAGUGCUGAUUCCUAUCUCACUCUUCUUGCUGUUCAACUUCUUCGGGUUGAUGGAGUAUUGGCGAUGUAACCUCUCGACGAGGGAAUGGUGGAAUAACCAACGGAUGUCUAGGAUAAAUUGCGCCAGUGGAUGGCUUUUUGGAUUCUUCGACGUCACUUUGAAGCUACUUGGCCUGUCGGACAUUGUCUUUGUUGUGACACCCAAGGAUGAAGGGGACAACGAUCUUUAUGCUAACAAGUUUACCUUCAAUUCACAUGUAAUGUUUAUACCACCCACAACUUUGUUGUUCUUGAACCUUGCAAGCCUGGUUAUGGUUGCCCCUAAGUUAGCUAGGGGUGACUUCAAUAUGCUAUUGGAAGUUAUUUGUAGUGCAUGGGUGGUUGCUUGCUUUAGUCCUUUUCUCAAGGGACUUGUGAGGAAGGGAAGGUAUGGGAUUCCUUGGUCCAUAAUUUGCAAAUCUGGGACUCUGGCUCUCAUGUUUGUUUACAUUUGCAAGCUGCAUGUUCAAGGUGGAUGAAUGUAGUUUGUAUCUUCAUGUUUUCUAUGAAUCUAUAAUUUUUUUUUGGGGGCACCUUCAGAUGUUUUGCAGAUUUUCUUUACUCAAAUAAAUAGGUUAAAAAUGGAGAGGAUCAUACCUCUAGCAUAAUCAAAAAAUAGUUUUGUGUUUAGUUGUUCUUCCAAACUUGCCCUUGGUGCCUUUACAAUUACAAUACCAAGAAGUGCUAGAAAUUCAAUUG